AUGCCGUUUGACUUGAUCAACGGCAAGUUCGUGCCGGAGAAGUCCAACAUAUGGCGGGACUGCGUGGACGGCUACUAUGACUGGGUGAAGGAGCACCUGGAGGAGGGCGCUCCGCUCAACGAGUCCGACCACUGCGGCGACCCGCCGCUGCUGCUUGCUGCCGGCAACGGGCACCUGGCGUGCUGCAAGCUGCUUCUAGACGAGGGCGCCGACAUUGAGCAGCGCAAUGUGAUGGGCGAGACGCCCAUCAUCCGUGCCGCCCACAACGGCCACUUCCAAACCGUCAAGUUUCUGGUGGAAAGCGGGGCAGACGUCAACUCCCUGGACCUGGGCGACAACGGCGCGCUGCACUGGGCGGCGAUGCGGGGGCACGUGGAGAUUGUCAAGUACCUGCUGCAGCACGGCGCCGACAAGCACCUGCGCAACAAGCAGGACAAGGUGCCCAUCGACCUGUGCCAGCCCUGCUGGAGCAACGCCUACCGCUUCGCCCGCGAGGUGCUGGCCGAGUACUGA